AUGUUUGAUAAAGCAGUCAGUUUUUUAAUAAAGUGUCUUUGUUUCUGUUUGGAGGGUGAUCUGUUCAAAGUUCUGCAUCGCGCCGCAACAACACUUCUCGAUCAUGGAGCGGUUAUCGAGAAAAUGGAAAGCCUCGGCUAUAGGGAUCUGCCACAUAAACGAAUAUCGAAACAAAGCAAAGAAUCGGUUUAUACGUCCAAUUACUUUCUGAUUAAGACGUUCAUGUCAAUGGAUGAAAAGAAGAAAACUCGUUCGAUCCUGCGUAAUGACUUAGAUAUGGUGCAUGUUGAGAUGGUUUCUGAUACGGAAAUGUCAACACCACCAUUCGAGUGUAAUCUUGAAGAAUUGCUGAAACCACCCACUGAAAGAGCAUCUGUUAAAGCGUUACGAGACAAUCAAAAACUGGGUCAUUUCACACGACAAAUGAUUUACAAACGAACUGAAAAUGAAUGGAAAUCAAUACCGAAAUCUUAUCCGAUUACACCCCCUCGACCUUAA